AGGAAAUUGGUUCUCGUUGGAAUUUGUCUUGGUCAAUAGCUGAUGCCAUCGCAAAAAUAAAUGGUGACCUUUGGAAAGAAUGGGAUGAAAAUUAUCAAGCCGAAGCAGCCAGAAGUAGUUCUCUUUUCUACAAGAUGUUUCCAAAAGUGUCAAGAAAAACAUGAUUCCAUAAUUCUACUGGAUCUCCUAUAAAAUGUAAACAAAUAAAUAGAAUUCUUAGCGGACAUUGCUUCUGCCCUGAAACGCUAGCAAAAAUGAAUGUUAAACCAUCCUCGUUAUGCGAAUCUUGCCAUGUCGAUGAAAAUGCAUCUCACAUCCUAUUUGUAUGUCCCAAAUACAACAACGAACGAGGAAAAAUACAUGAACUCAGUGGUGUAGACACAAUUGACGAAUUUCUCAAAAGCAAUGGCCUCUGCAGCUAUCCAUUCUUAGUGAAUUUCUGGACUCCAUCAACUGUCAGCUGUAAACAACUAGCAACAUCCAACUAGGCAGAAGUAACGAAUAAACCGAAAAAAAAAUAAACAAAACAAUUAUGCUAAGGAAAAGGCCUCGAACGAAACAAACAAAAGAAAUUGGCAAUGGACAAAUCCUACCUACCCGAAGCAAUGAGAAAGUUACCGUACAAUACAUUCAGCCACAAAGUCGAAUGGCGGUCAAAUCCACCAAUCCCUCCGCCGGAAAAGAGUUGGACACAUCACAUGAAAUCUUGGAGAUAGAAAAUGUUGAAUACCUGGAAGAAGUUUCAAGUGCAGACGACGUCAAUGAUGCUGAACAAUCACUCCCAUUACCCAAAGUUGAAAAAGAAAAUGAAGAUCCAUUUUACCCAAAUGCCAUAUAUUGCCUUUUGGAUUUGUAUAAGGAGAAAUAUCACAAAACCCUGAUGAGAAUGAAUGAAAAUGUGUCUAUCCAAACGCUGGUAGAAAUCUGGCGAGGUAUUGCCAAAGAAAUGCAGGAGAGUUAUUUUGAAUUUGAAGCAGAACAAAUUCAACGGAAAUUUAUUCAACUCAGGAGACAAUAUUUCGACGUUAAAACAAUGGAGGAUAUUGAGAAUUUGGAAUAUUUCGAAGAACUUCACACUAUUUAUAUGGAUGCCAAAAUAGAUUCCAUUUUUAAGGGUCACAAAGUUGAUAAGCCUCUGAAUUCUAAAAACUACAACGAUGCCGUUCUUAUGAAUGUAGAAAUAUUCUUUCAAAGUGAAGAAAUCAAAAACAAUGAACAUGAAAUUAUUGAUUUGGAGGAAAAAGAAAUUCAGGCCAUGGAUAGAAGGCAACAGUUAUUAGAAGAAAAACAACAAGCACACAUAGAAGAGCAUAAUCAUCCACAAUCAGAGCCAGAUCCACAAAUAGUUAUAACAGAACCUCGAAGUAAUAUUUCCCAAACGAAACCCCAUAAAAGAUUUUUUCAUGAGACCUUCAGCGAAAGUAUAGAGCAGCCAGUAAAACAGAAACCCAAAUUGGAAACUGAAUUAAAAACUACAGAAAAUAUUGCCAACCAGCAGUCAUUAAUCUGCAAUGAAGUUAAUGAUAUCAAACAGUUAAAUGCCGAACAAGAAAGAAGACAUCGUGAACACAUGGCUUUAUUGGAAAAGCACUUCCAAAAGCAAACCGCCUCCCUGGAACAACUCAAUUUUCACUUACAGGAACUUAUUAAACGUAUGUCUAUGACACCAUCAUAA